AUGGCAGAGGAGUUUGAAAUUAAAAAUCUUGGUUCUUUGAGGUACUUCUUAGGCAUGGAGGUAACAAGAUCAAAGGAAGGGAUCUUAGUGUCUCAUAGAAAAUAUACGUUAGACCUUUUACAAGAGACUAGGAUGACUGGAUGUAAACCUGCAGAUACUCUGAUUGAGGUUAACAAUAAUCUGGUAAAUUUAGUAGACGACGUACCAGUGAAUAAGGAGAGAUAUCAACGUCAUGUAGGGAAGCUGAUAUAUCUCUCACACACCAGACCUAAUAUUUCAUAUGUUGUGAGUUUGGUAAGCCAAUUUAUGCAAGCCCCGUGUGAGAGACGCAUGGAAGCUUUUACUCGGAUUCUAAGAUAUCUAAAGUCAACACCUGGGAAGGGCUUGAUGUUCAGGAAAAAUGAUAGAAGAUGCAUCGAAGCCUACACUGACUCAGACUGGGCCAGUUCCACUACUGAUAGGAAGUCAACCUCGGGGUAUUGUACCUUUGUAUGGGGAAAUCUUGUUACAUGGAGGAGUAAGAAACAGGGUGUCGUGGCUAGAAGUAGUGCUGAAGCUGAAUACAGAGCUAUGAUCUUGGGUAUCCGUGAGGAAAUUUGGUUGAAGAAGCAUGACAGAACCAAACAUGUUGAGAUUGACCGACAUUUUAUCAAAGAGAAACUUGACAAUGGUAGUAUUUGUGUUCCCUAUGUCCCAUCUAGUCAAUAG